CCCGGGGACUGGAGCUCCGCUUUUGACAUUGCUGCACACACGGCACCAGCCGCAAUGACAGCGGCUGCCUGGAGUGGCUGCAGGCAGCAGGCAGGAGCAUGAAGUGAGGAGACCACUGCAGUGCUCAAGAUGAACUCCUCCUUGGUUGGCAACCAGAGUGGCCGGCCCUUCUGCCUCCUGGCCAUUAGCUAUCUGGAGACCAUCAAUUUUUGCCUCCUGGAAGUGGUCGUUAUCGUGUUCCUCAUGGUGCUGAUUAUUUCGGGCAACAUCAUUGUGAUAUUUGUCUUUCACUGUGCACCUCUGCUGAACCACCACACCACCAGUUACUUCAUACAGACCAUGGCAUAUGCUGACCUCCUGGUGGGCGUGAGCUGUCUGGUGCCUUCUUUGUCUCUGCUGCACUAUCCCAUUGUUUUAAGUGAGUCCUUGGUUUGCCAAAUCUUUGGUUACGUUGUGUCGGUGCUGAAGAGCGUCUCCAUGGCCUCUUUGGCAUGCAUUAGUAUUGACAGAUACAUCGCCAUCACAAAGCCGCUGACCUACAACACGCUGGUUACUCCGUGGAGACUGCGGAUCUGCAUCCUGAUAAUCUGGCUGUACUCCUGCCUCGUCUUCUUACCCUCCUUCCACUGGGGAAAGCCUGGAUAUCACGGGGAUGUGUUUCAGUGGUGUGCCAAUUCCUGGAACACCGAUCCUUAUUUCACUCUCUUCAUCGUGGUGAUGCUCUACGCCCCGGCUGCUUUCACCGUCUGCUUCACGUACUUCAACAUCUUCCGCAUCUGCCAGCAGCACACCAAGGAGAUCAACGAGAGGCGAGUGCGCUUCAGCUCUCAGGACGGGGAGACUGGGGAGGCCCAGCCCUGCCCGGACAAGCGCUAUGCCAUGGUUCUUUUCCGUAUCACCAGUGUCUUCUACAUUCUCUGGCUGCCCUACAUCAUCUAUUUUCUGCUGGAGAGCUCCAAUGUCUAUAGUAACCGCGUUGCGUCCUUCUUGACCACUUGGCUUGCCAUUAGCAACAGUUUCUGCAACUGUGUCAUUUACAGUCUCUCCAACAGUGUCUUUCAGAAGGGGCUUAAGCGUCUCUCGGGGGCUAUUUGUGCCUCUUGUGCUAGACAGAGGGUAGCUAAGGACUCCUCUACCUCUAGGAGCAAAAGAUCUUCCAAUGGAUGUCAUGUCUAAGACACCUAUCAGCUUGACUGGGAAGUGCAGGGACAACUCUGUAAAUUGCAAAAAAUUGAAUAUGAUUUUAAGAUGUCCAGAUUUGCAAAAAGGUUUCUGAGAAAUGCUGCUGACAUAGAAGAAUCAGGAGCACAUAUCAUUGUGAUUUCACUUUUAAAAAUUUAUUGCUGUGGAGGCGGCCGUGGAGUUUCACCUCCAUGUUCAUUUUUAAGAAUAAAGCUGUAUCUUGACAGUUACCUCUCCAGCUGGUGUGACUGAAUGGAGUGGGUGUCUGAGAGCUUCAGCAAAAUGUAGUCUUUCUUACAGCUCUACUAGGUUCUUUGGAGAUUCGUGCUUCACAUGUAAAUGAUAGAUCUGAAGUGGAAAUGUCACGGUAUAUGGUGUAUUACAGGGAUUUUUUAAUAUAUGCCAAAGUAUAUCGACACAAUUUUCCAGCGUCGUAAGAGAAGGGGCCAAACAAUUUGUUUUUCAGUGCUACCUAGACAGGAUUUCUAGAACAGUAAUGAACAAUGUGAACAUUUCAGCAUGAACUUAAAGUCUUACUGAGCCAUGGGUGCAGCAACCUGGUCUGGGCAGUCGUACGCGUAGGGGGAGCGAUCCGGCUUCUGUGCCCCUUCCUCUGGUAGGCUGCCUGCGUGCGAUCAGCGUGGCGUCUGCAUUCUCCUAUUUGUUGUGAAGUAGGAAGAAAAACUUGGAUCAGACCAAAUCUAGCAGUUAAAUAAAAUGUGUUUUGAUAAGCUAAGAGAAAAUACUUGUCGUUUUAUGAUAGCAGAGUUGUGGCAGUCACUCGAGGAUGAUGCCAACAUGUGAAAAUUAUUCUCAAAACAGUGGAGAAAUGCCACAUUUUUGUGUGGAAAUUUUCUCAAGAACAACUUUAAAAAUAACAUCCCCCCCCCUUUUUUUUUUUUAAUCUAAAUUCUUCUGAUAUUUUACAUACUAGAACUUAAGGGGAAAGGAAAGAAAACAAUUGUCUUCUAAACAGCUAAGGGAACUAUGUUGUAAAUUUAACUGUAGUAUUUGAGUUAUUCAUAAGUGCACAGAGCUAAAUCAGAGACAUUUUUCUUUAGGCUGCAGGGGAUUAAAGAUGGUUCGAAUAUAGCAGGAGCUAAAUCCUGUUGGCAAACGCAUAUUUAACUGGUCAAACAAUGUACGGUAUCUGAGAAACAGUCUCAUUGACCACGACUUUUUCCAAGCUAGUUUAGGUGAGGUGUUUCUGAGUAUUGUAAUGCUGUUAGAAUGCAGUGCGGCCCUCAAUUGAUGGGUUUUUCUAAAGAAUAUCUCUGUCUCUUUACUGAUGCCAUUUUGGAAUAGGAAAGUAUUUGUGAACCACGUUUUUCUGUAAUAAUGGAUUACAUCUGCAUCACCUUUUGUAGCUCCAGCUCUGCGGCCCGGGGGGUCCCCGGCAGGCACAGCUCUGCUCUGCAGCUGGUGCUGCGCCCGCCCGCGGUCACCGCGUUGUGCUCCCGCACUGUGCUCGACUGCUGUGACCGGGGGGAAUUCUUGGAGCUCUUGUAUUAGAGUUGCUGUUGGUGGACGCUGUUAGCCAUACAGAGAAAGGAAAAAAAAAUAGGGGAAAAAAAAAAAAGGAAAAUAAAUUUCAGAGGAAUAUUUUAGAAGCAGGGUAAUUCUUUUGGCCGAAGGGAAGACUCUGUGUAUUUGUUAAUUGGUUUCAGCUCUACUGUUGUCAUUGACUGAGAUGAUCUGUUUUAAAGUGGUCUACCCUGCCCCUCCCGCAAGCAUCUACAUACCCUGCUCUGAUGUGCUGCGUACGCCGGCCCCUGGUCUUCCAUGCUGUGCCUGGAGGAGGGCACCAGGGCACUCCCGGCAUGCCUGGUCCUGCUCAGCAGCAAGCGCUGAUGCACGAGUCCCCCACAAGCACGGCACGUGUCCCGCUCCUGGGGAGACCCCGGCUGCUGCUGCUGAGUUUGGGUUGAGAGCUGCUGCUACAAACUGUGUCUAAGUCACGUUGUGGUCGGCAUUCAGAGUAUUUCAUCCAUCGCCCAAACCUCUCCAAAUAAGCUUCCUCCUUCGUUCAUCUGAAAUCUUAGGGAUGAAGGCUGCUUAAAUCCUGAUGCCUUCACGAUGUUACUUGUGCUCUUCUGUAUUAAGACAGCGUCUAGAGCGAGGGCGUUCGCCGUGGCCUUCCUGCAGACGUAGCAGAGGUGGUUCUUGCAGUUCUUGCAGUCUGACUUCUGGUUAGAGGCACCUGAAUAUGCCAGACAGCCGUGGGGGAGCAGAGCAUAACGGUGUAGUGAGUCACUUGUAAACGGUGUAAUAAGCUCGCGGCACACCAGCUGGCUAAUUGUUCCUAGUGUUUUGUAGGUAUUACGGCAUGGGGGGGGCAAUGUAAGCACUUGAGUCACCAAUAUCAAAGCAUUUCCGUGUGGCAUCUUUUGGAACAGCAUCUCAGGUAAACUCCUCAGUAGCUUUUCUCUGACUCUUCACCUGAGCUAACGUUUCCACGUCUUUGAAGUGAUGCAAUCUCGCAUUAAAAUAACAUUUGAUUAAAUUUAAUAGAAGAAACUAAUCUGCUAGGGCCUAAAACCGUAAAAAUGGCAGUUCCAGGUUUAAGUGGGAGCUGGACUACAAAUAUCGUGGCUUUUAUUUCAGUUUUUGUGGCAUGAGUAAAAGAUUUAUGUAGGAGUAUUGUAUGUUACUUUUUGAGAAAGUUGGGAAGUUUAAAAUAAAUCAAGGGCUCUAAACGAUGGCAUGGAGAUUUAACUUGAGUUGAAGCAGUUGCUACUUCAGCUGUAAGCCUAGAGCUGUAGUCAGUGCAGUGGUUGUUACGGAUGUAGAUGCAUUUUUGCAGCUGUUGUUGCUUUUCAGCUAAAGUUCUAGUCAAUAUUCCUAACAGCUAGGCUUUUCUCAGUUGCCGUACUCAUCUCAAAGUCUUCAUCGGCUCAGGUGUUUUCCAUAAGAGGUGAAAAUCAGAACCUGAAGUCUGAGAGAUGAAGGGCAGAGCUGCAGCCAGCUGAUGUGGUCAGGUUCCGUCCGGUAUGCCCAGAGGCACUUCUGAAUGUUGCCUCAGUAGCCUCGUUCGUUUAGUUUCAGAUAUUUCUAAUUUUGUCUGUGUUAAUUUAUCUUUUUUUUUUUUUUUUAAUUUCCCCUGUCAAUUAAUUUAAGGUUGGUUGAGUUCAGUAGGUGAUUAGAUGUUUUAAAUAUUCAUAACAUUUGAGCCUGUUGUCUUCAGUGAAACUGCACGGGGGUGGAUCUAGCUCACUGUGCCAGCUGUGGAAGAAAUAAUUGUGAAACAUAUUACCUUGUUUGCUCGGCAUUCCAUUCAACAUCCUUUGCCAUGGACUUAACGUGAGGCACUGUAGUCCUUUUCAUCACAGUAUGUGCUAUGAAUUGUUAGGCAGCUAACUUUCCAGUCGGAUCGCUUUCAUCGUUGUACAUAUGAAGCUAAUCCUUUCUUGGCUCUAUUUGUAUCCGAGUGUGCCUAGUGAUUUAGAAAUUGGUAUCAAGAGCAUUGCAUAUAUGAAUGCCACAAUAAAGAGAACAUAGAAAUCAAAUUCCGUCUUCAUAAAAAUGGCAUGUUGUAGUAUAGUUAAACAAACUAAUCUUGAAAUUCCAUCUCAGAGUCGACAUUUAUUUCUUAUUAGGGUUAUCUGCCUUACUUUCAAAUUAAGCUGCUAGAAGGUUCAAUUUACAGGAUGGAAUUCAGUGGCAUUUUUUUAGUAUAAUGGGAAAGGAUUUCUAUAUGCACAACUUCUCAGUGUGAUUAAUUUGCUUCAUCUAGUACUCUUGAUUAAAAAAAAAAAGUUUACUGGGUGCUGAGGCAGUGAUGAUAUUGUCAUUUUCCAGAUAGGCUGGGUGAAGAUCUGUGAAGUAUUAAUUUUAUAAUCUUGAAUCAGGUGACAAUAUUUUUUUAUUUGUGUGAAGCAAAAGUUUUGUUGCUGUCUGCCAUUAGUUUUUAAUAUUAAAUAUUACUGGUUUCUACAGUCAUUAUUUGCUGUUAGGGAUUUUUUACUUGUUUUUUUUUAAGCUGCUUAUUAAUCAGAAAUUUGUUUCUCCUAGUUGCAAUUCUGACGUAGCUCAGUGUCUGAGUGCCACAAUUUUGAAUAUUUGUCAUAAAUCUACAGGAAGAAAGUGGUAUAAAGUACUGAGGCACAGAGAAUCUCAGGAGUAGUGCAAGGUUGCAUGAAGGGUCUUUCAUAGAGCAAAGACUUGAAUGAGAAUUCCCAAAUUUUAGUUUUGCCCUGCAUCUCUGUGGCAGCACCCCUUUCCCCUUCACAUAAAGCUUUUACCUGUAAGAAGCUUGUCUGUUCUGAAAAAGACACUUCCAAAGCAUAUAUAUAAGGUCAGGUGGAAAUAUUCAGUGUGCGAAAUUGAUGAGUAGUUUUUUGUAUUUGUUUUGUGGCAUCACCAGCUACUCGAUGCUAACAGCAGUAUUGAAUCUUCCUGAGCCAGGAAGCCUGGAAGUUUUCAGUCUGCUCUUAUUCCACAUCAGAUUUUGAAGUUGAUUAAGCUUCUACUCCUAAUUCAGGUUGGUGCUUUAGGAAGUAUUUUUCUUAGGAACUAAUACUUGAGCAUAGGAGCCUGCCUUUAGACAUUACAAACAAAAUGCCCAAUUAAAAUUUUUCUAGUGACUUUAUUCAUCUGUUGUAGGUAAUUGUAAUUCUCUAUGAGGAGGCGGAGAUUUUGGAAGUUUUAUCUUGUUGUUCUAACACAUCUUUAGUUCUGGGUACUUGAAGCACCUGCUAAACUUUGGCUGACCUGUUCCUUAUUUUCAUGUUAUUUCCCUUACUGCCUUGGCAUUGCAGGGUUACCACUUGGAAAGACAUUUUCUGCAGAUAAGCAAAGGCAGAUGAUUUGAUACUAAAAUUAUAUCAGUAAAAUGCUUUUGGAAGAGGAAAAGUCUUCUAAAUUAAAAUCUAGUAUGUGUAAAAACAGGUGCCGUUAUAUUUAGAGAAAGAAACUGAAAGCUGUUGGAAACAAACAAAAGAAGCCUGCAGGCCAGCAGUGUGUCUGCGCUGGUGGUAUGAUGUAAGUUGUGUUAGAACAAUGGAGUAUUUAACCUGGGUGUAUCCCUUAUGGCACACGUGUUAAAGAUGGAGGUUACCCUUCUUGCUGGGCCGUGCUCCAGGGGCAGCUCGUGUAAGCCUUGGGUUCCCCGCGCCCGCAGCGCUCGGAUCCCGUCCAUACCAGUGCCAGGCCUGGGUUGCUCCAGCCAUGGUCGGGGAGAAGGGGGCAGCUGAGGCAGGCCCAUGCCGUGCUGGGUGACCGACGUGUUCUCCCCAGAGAGAAGGGGCCGAUUUAGUUGGGUGGGCUUAGCCAGCUUCCCAGUUCCUUCCUGUGACACAGGGUUUUCUAGGUAUGUGAGAUGUCGGUUACACAGACAGCUAUACUCAUGGUUCUCUGCUCGUUAUUGACUUCUGUUGCCUUCCAGUUUUUAUCCCCAUUCCCGUGCACAGCCUGUGCCUGCUCUCUGUGCAGGUAGUGGCUGUCGCAAGGAAAUGUUUGCAGAUCUCACCCGUAGAACAUCUGCUUCUCUUGGGCUUUGGCACUCAGUGAAAAUGUUACCCUAAGUCUUCUGUUCUCACGUCCUGCCCCAAGUUAUUUGUUUACAACCUGUGGUGGGCUUGGGCAAUCUGUCCGGUCAGAACGGAUCCUCCACCUCGUGAAUCUGCCCUUACUGGCAUUGAGAAACCAAGUUGGCACUCGUCUUUGUUUUGGCCUGGGAACGUGAGGGGCGGCCUGGUGCCAUGGAGCUGGGGGCGGCCUGGUGCCAUGGAGCUGGUGGUGGCAUGGGGCUGCUCCCUGGGCGCGGGGCUGUACGCAGGGGCUGUGUGUGCCGCGAGGAUUGAAGAAAUGCUGGGGGGCUGUGCGUUGGGUUAGGUUAUAUUUAGAAUGGGGUUUUCGACAGAGGGGCGGGUUUGGAGGGCGGCCUGCGCUCCUCGUUGGGCUGCUUUCUCUGUGUGAACGUGUAAGACGAGGACAGUAGCUUUGGAAUUCAAAGCCUAGGCUUCUCAGGUGUUGCUGGGGGUCCUUCGGUUAAAAGGUUACACAAAUUCAAGCAGCCCCUCCUAAAGAUGAACUCGGACAAGUCUUGCUGUGCAUAUGUGGGUCAUCCUCAGGCGUCCUGAGGGUCGCGUGCUACAGGCAGCCAAAGGCGUGGCAAAACAAGUCGGCGCUUUUUGUCCAAAUUGCGGGAAACAAAAGUUCUUUCAGGAUUUCAACUGUAAAUGAAUCCUUGAAAAUCAAUAAUUAGAUUAGUAAAGGAUGAUGUUUUAAUAUGCUGGCAGGAAUAUAGAGGGAUUUGUCAGGGGAAGCAAAAACAGACUUUGCACUAAAGUGGCUUAGGUAUUGUUUAUAGUGUUAGUGAUAUUUGUGUGCGUGAAAACUUUGGACAAUUUUAAUAUAAUGUAAGGCUUUGAGCUUUAGCUGACUAAAGUUGCUUGUUUUAUGAAGUUACAUUAGUACAACACUGUGAAGUAUUUUUAAAUAUUAGCAUUACUGGGUAUUAAAAGUAUUUCAUAAAAACAUUUUUUUAAAACAUUUUCUGUAGAUGCUGUCAAAGGAGUUGAUGUUUAGUGUACAAAGAAAUAAAACCCUGAGGGCUGUAAGGUACAUGUGUGGUUCUGAUCACCUCAGUUUUUGAGGGAUUAGGGAUUUCUUGGGAUAAAUUUUUGUUGUUAAAACCUACUAAAAAUAAUGGUGCAGUUAAUCCUUUCAGCAACAGGAAGCAGCAUUACCUCCAGCCAUGCUUUUGAACUGUCUGAAAGGAUUUGCCAUCGCAUUUAUUGUCUUCAUAGACUGAUGUCUUUAGCAAUGCUGUACAGCACAGUGUUUUGCAAGUUGCUAUGCUGAUAAAUUUCUCUCCAUGUGUAACCUUUGAAAUCAAGUUUCUAUUGUAAUUCUAGCAUGUAAACACUAGGUUCAAUUUUGUAUUCCUCUAAUGAAUGCAACAGGAUGGAAAUGAGUUUGCAAUUGCUAAUGAUGAGCUUUCUUACUGUUCUUAAUACUCGUGGGUAUGUCUUUUACUUCAGGGAGUUCAAAAUUGUAUUAGUACCUUUUUUAAUUGUUUUUUUUUUUUUUUUUUCCACAUGCUGUUUACAAUUAACCUGCAAGCAUGGGAGGCUAUGCAUGCAUGUGCUUCUAGGUUGCUUUGCUGAACAAAAUGCAGUGGAGCGAUCUUACUUUACGGAUGCUCUCUUGUCCUUACAUUCCACCUGUGUCUGCU